GGAUAUCGAUAACGACAGAGACAGAUAAAGAAAAAGAGAGAGAGAGAGAGAAAGAGAGACUUUUCUGGUUAUCGAUAGUCGUGCGAAUGCGCAAAGGCAAAACGAUAUCUCGUUUGCGAGAUAUUCCGCGCAUGCGUAGAAAUAUAAAAGCACCCCAGCUGGGUUUAGUACACGUCCACACCCCCGACGACAAAGAGACUAUGUCCGACUAUCGAUCGUCUUGCUAAUAUACUAAGGACAUUUAAACCCGACAUCAAACCAAAGACGCCAUCGUACGCGAGACUCGAAUGUAAAAUAAUUAUUAGUCAUCAGAAAUCAUGUGAUCCUUAAAUACUAUACGUCUUACGUGUAAAUACUUCGUUUUUUAUUUUCGUGAACUUAAAUACUCAAAUAUAAUUUGUUUCUAUUAACAAUGAGAGACUUAACCAAUCAGGCUCGUCUGACGAUGCAGGAUAGGAACGUUGACGUUCAAGAGGGCAUAAGAUUUCGGAGCGUUCGCAGAAGGCUCUUUCAAGAGGACGAAGAAAUAGGAGGUGGUCGAACGCGUGAUUUAAACACUGGCAUUGAGGACAACGUUGCUAAUUGCUUCUUCGAGGAGGUCCGCAAACAUCGAGAAGAGGCUAAAAAAAGAUGGAACUUCGAUUUCGAGAAGGAAAUACCUCUGCCAGGUAAUUACCAAUGGGUAAAACUCGACCGAGAUGGGAACGAAAUUCCAAUGAUCACGGAAGCUCAGAACAAAACUGAGAAGAUGGAAAAGAAUAAGAAUGACGUUGAGGAGGAGGAGGAGGAGGAGGAGGAGGAGAAGGAAGAGGAAGAGGAAGAAGAAGAGAAGAAGGAGAAGAAGAGAGAAAAAGAGAAGGAUAAGGAGGAAGAGGAGGAAUCACCGGAAGAGAAAGAAGUUGAUGGGGACGAUAAAGCUGACUCGAGAAGGCAAAAAGAUCGAAAUAAUUCUCGCAUAGUCGACGUCUUAUGAUGAACUACUCCAACUGCGAAAAAUGAGCCAUCGUGAUAUUACUCGUAUUUCUAAGAAAGAAAGUGUGAGAUAGAAAUAGAGAGAGAGAGAGAGAGAGAGAGAGAGAGAGAAAGAGAGAGAGAGAGAGAGAGAGAGAAAGAGAGAGAGAGAGA